AUGAUAGACUGGAUUCAUCUCACGUUGGCUCGCACGGAAGCAGAGAACUCCAUCGCUCCAAGAAAGCACUUACAAUACCUCAUACAAGCAACUGGAGAUACACUCGGCCGUCGGUCCAAAGCCAAAGUGUCCUUGAUCAUGCUUGCAUGCAUGGCUGUCUUUCUCGGGACUCUCGAUGGUACUAUCGUCGCAACAGCUCUACCGACCAUCACCGAGCACUUCGAAUCGGCAUCAGGGUACACAUGGAUCGGAUCAGCGUUCUUGCUUGCCAACGCAUCAACCAUUCCGUCGUGGGGAAAGGCUAGCGAUAUUUUCGGUCGCAAACCUAUGCUUCUGUUCGCGAACAUAAUCUUCAUGUUCGGUUCUCUCGUGGCAGCUCUAUCAAACAGUAUUGGCAUGCUUAUCGUCGCUCGUGCCGUGCAAGGCCUAGGAAGUGGAGGCCUUGUCAUCGUCAAUAUUGCUGUCGGAGACCUGUUCAGUAUUCGCACGCGUGGAGCUUGUUACGAUCUUCUCGGUGCUAUCUGGGCUAUCGCUUCUUCCGUUGGGCCUAUGAUCGGUGGUAUUCUAACUCAAGGUGCAGGAUGGAGAUGGUGCUUCUGGAUCAAUCUCCCUCUGGAUGAAGGCAUGAUGGUUCUUGACUGGAUCGGAUCAUCGCUAGUCAUUGGCGCCACAGUCAUGUUCCUUCUGGGUAUCCAAGUUGGCGGAGAGACUUUUUCAUGGAGUUCACCAAUCGUGAUUUGCCUCAUCGUCUUUAGUCUACUGACCUUCGUCCUAUUCGUUCUGUACGAGUGGAAAUUUCCAAGAUAUCCCGUGAUGCCACUCAGGUUGUUCAAGUCCCGCAACAAUAUCGCCACCCUCUUUGUGGCCUUCAUCCAGGUAAUCGUCUUCAUCUCUGGUAACUACUAUUUACCUUUGUUCUUCCAGACUGUAAGGGGUGUAUCGCCAAUCCUCUCUGGAGUCUAUCUAUUGCCUACUGCUCUCGCACUGUCCGUCAGCUGCGUUGGUACGGGUAUAUUCUUGCGCAAGACUGGUACUCCCCUACCGCCCACAUGGUUUGGAUUGUCAAUGAUGACACUGGGCUAUGGUUUGUUCAUCAAUCUCGAAGCGAGCUCGAAUUGGUCCAAACUCGUUACAUAUCAGAUCGUCGCUGGCGUUGGCUGCGGCCCCUUGUUCCAGACUUUGACCAUUAUAUUACAAAGUCACCACGAUCCUGACGAUAUUGCCACAGGGACAGCAACGCUGGGAUUCAUACGACAAAUGGCUACUUCAGUCUCAGUGGUGCUUGGCCAAGUCGUAUUUCAAAACAGCACGAGCGCCAGAGAUGGCAGGUUAGUUGCCUCAUUGGGAUCUGAAGGAGCGGCAAGGAUAUCUUGUGGCGCGGCUGGCGCCAAUGCGCGACUUAUAAAUACACUUUCGAAAUCGCAGAAGUAUGUAGUCCGCGUUGUUCUGUCGGAAAGUCUGCGACAGAUGUGGAUCAUGUACGCCAUAUUCGCAGCUAUCGGUCUUCUUGCUGUCCUCUUGAUCAGGAGCUCAGCGUGGGCGGGCCCAAGAGAUACGCAGCUGACAGAUACGAGUGGAAAGUCCAGUCCAAUCCCGCCUGCGGGAUUGGCAACUGAAGCAAAACACAUUCCUGGCAAGUAG